AACCUGAUCAUACCAUUAGACAGUACGUGAGACUGGAGAUCCCCAGUAAUUGAGAGCGUCGGAAGGGUCCCCGUGAUAGACGUAACAGUAGAGAAACAUACACAUACAAAGACAUACUGCAGCUGGCUGGCUCGUUAGAGAGGAAACUGGUCAAUCAAAAACCAUGUCUGUCGCAGGACUGAAGAAGCAAUUCCACAAAGCCACUCAGAAAGUGAGUGAGAAGGUCGGGGGUGCAGAGGGGACCAAACUCGAUGAUGACUUCAAAGAAAUGGAAAAGAAAGUGGACACCACCAGUAGAGCGGUGUUGGACAUAAUGACCAAGACAACAGAAUACCUGCAGCCUAACCCAGCAACCAGGGCCAAACUGAGCAUGAUCAACACCAUGUCCAAGAUCAGAGGGCAGGAGAAGGGCCCCGGGUACACCCAGGCAGAGACCGUGCUGGGAGAUGCCAUGCAGAAAUUUGGCAGGGAGCUCGGAGAGGAGUCCAGCUUCGGUCUGGCUCUCAUUGAUGCUGGAGAAUCCAUGCGAGAACUCGGGGAGGUUAAGGACGCCCUGGACAUGGAAGUGAAGCAGAACUUCAUCGACCCUCUGCAGAAUCUGCAUGAUAAGGACCUGAAGGAGAUACAGCAUCACCUGAAGAAAAUGGAGGGACGACGUCUGGAUUUCGACUACAAGAAGAAGCGACAGGGUAAAGUGCAGGAUGACGAAAUCAAGCAAGCCCUGGAGAAGUUCGAUGAAUCCAAGGAGAUUGCCGAACAGAGCAUGUUCAACCUGUUAGAAAGUGAUAUCGAACAGGUGAGCCAGCUCUCUGCCUUGGUCCAAGCACAGUUGGAAUACCACAGACAGGCCUCUGACAUCCUGCAGCAGCUCUCCGGAAAAAUGGAGGACAGAAUAAGGGAGGCCUCCAACAAGCCCAGGAGAGAGUUUGUCGCGAAGCCACGAAUGGUAAUGGAGUUCACAUCCAGUGAGAACCACAAUGGAGGGAUAGCACACAGCGGCACCGCCAAGUCUCCAGCCCCAAUGGACCAGCCCUGCUGCCGCGCCCUCUAUGACUUUGACCCCGAGAACGAGGGCGAGCUGGGCUUCAAGGAGGGCGACGUCAUCACCCUGACCAAUCAGAUCGACGACAACUGGUAUGAGGGCAUGCUGCACGGCCAGUCGGGCUUCUUCCCCAUCAACUACGUGGAUAUCCUGGUGCCGCUGCCCCACUAAACCCAACGACGGCACCAGCGCUCGGCCCAGGCAUUGGCUUCUCCCUGCAUCUGUGCUACUGCUUCCACAAAGUUUCUGUUGAUAGCCACGAAGAAGACGAUGACCAACAACACAAGUUAAUGCGUAUGCCUACGACAUGGGGCAGUGAUUUUUUUUUUUUCCUUUUUUUUCUGUAGCUUAUAACGUUACCAUCAGAUCAGUGUAAGGUCUUGUUGAUUUAUAUGAGAAGUAUUGACCUUUCUCAUAGAUUUUUUUUUUCUUUUUGUUGUUUUGUUGCAGGUUUGUUUUCGCAGAAUUUGUCAAGACUACAACGUCCGUCCCAAUCUUAUUUCACCUUGAAAGUGUUCAGUUGGUUGGAUCUUGUGUGAUAUAGAAGUAGAUGUUGCGCAUUGUACUCAGUAAAAAAAAAAAUCUAGUUUUGUGCUCGGAAAUCAGGCAUUUGGGAUCUUUUGAAAACAGGCUUUUGAGAGAGUUUUGUGAGGCAUGUUUUUUAACUAGUAAUUUUUGAACAAUCUUAGCUUAUAUGCAAUUCAGAGUAAACAAUGACUGAAGUGGAAACAGCUAAAUGAGAUGUGUUCAUGCAUGCUGGGACAAAUUAUUAACGAGUACCCUGUGAACCUGUGAAGUACCAUUUGGUAAGAAAACUGUGGUGUUUGAAUAUGACAUUGCUUUUUUUAAUAUCUCCUGAUUCCUUGUGUCCACUGGCCAUAUUCAGUCACAGUUGAAGUGUUCCGUGCCGGCACGGUAUGGUUAAAGCAGGUUAGCAUUUCUUCGUCUUUCUCAACGCUAUUGCCGACCCCCAGGAAGCGUCCCAAUAAACAGAGACUAACUCAACUUCCUAAAUAGAUCUGUCUUCUCAAAUCUGAUGCAUGGCAGAGGAUGGAAGUUGCAUUUCCAUUCCUUGCUUUGAUACCAACGACAGCCAUGCGGCUGAAGCUUUCGUUAACACGCUGCAUGUUUUUCGCUUGGUUUGAUAGAUAUUCUACUUUAUACUUUUUAGCAAUCGUAGACCAGCUCUCUCAAGUACCAAAUGCAUAUUGGUAUUAUUUGUUUUGUUUUCUGGCUGUCAUUAAAAAUUAGCUACAACUAGCUAUCUAGCUACCUAGUGACCAUAGAAGGCUACUUAAAAUGUCAGAUGCCUAGCUGUUAAAUGAGCAUUUAAGGAACUAAAUGAUCGUUACAGCAUUUUUAUUGAAUGAAAAUGACAUGAAGUGAAAAGAUAAUCACAGGUAAAUCAGUAAAACUUUAAAGAGAUAACACCAAAUUGAACCAUGCAUAAGACGAUGACAACACAGACACAAUGAUGCUAAUUCCGCCUGGAACGCUUUGGCCACAGUGAGUACUAGGCAUGUCACUGAGAUGGGACAGCAGGAUUCAGGCCACUGUCAGGUAUACCAGAGCUGAGAGAAGCAUUUGCCCUGCAAGUGACUGUGCUGAGGUCGAGACAGUAAGGGCCUGAAGGGAAUGGAGCUUUGAUAGGACAAAUACCGCGAUAAGCACGAUUAAAUUAAAUGGUCUGUGUGCUCUGAAUUUUACAGUAAGCUUGUGGACUGUCUGAUCUCUGUACCCUUAUGAAGAAAUAAUAGAUUUCUUUUAAAUGUGGAAUUAUAAUUAACGAACAUGUUUCAAAUGGAAAUCAAAGUAUGUGUAAUAUAUUAAAAAUAUGUAAUAGCCAUGUCAUUUUAUGCAUACAGUCAUGGUAGAUACAGUAUGUUAGAAUAACAAUGAUUUUGUUGUGUAUCCACAUGUGUGAAAGUGGCAGUAAUUGAUCUGUUUUUUAUUUUUGGCACAUAAAAUAUCAGUGUACAUUUAACAUCCUUACAUUUUGUGACUGCACACAAAUCUCUUUAUUUUCUCAGUACUACCAAUGAACCAUUGAUUGACAUUUUCAGUGUUGAAAGCCAAACCAAUAUUUACAAAAAUAUUGUAAACGUGAUGAAAAAAAAAAAUCUGAACACUAAAAGUGAUACAAUAAAUAGCUGCAU